UUUGCCAAAACAAUACAUUUCAAGGAACAUAGACGCGCCAAGGAAUAUUUUUUUUUGCAUCGUUGAGCAGUAACCUCUGUCUAUGUAUGGUGUUAAACACAGUUUGAUACUUACAAAGAAGCCAAAUUCAAAAGCACACACUUUUUUUGUGUGCAUUUUCUUAUUUAAAGGAAGUCGCUAUGCUGCAUGGGAGAGCGUGUGUUAGCUGGCUAACGUUAGCAAGCUAGUACUAGCUCUAUCGGGAGACCAAUCUUUAUUUUUUUGGUUAUAAAUAAACAAGAAGCAUUUUUAAUCGAUAGCCCUUUAUUGGAUUUUAUUUUUUACAAGAUGCUGGUUGGUUACAGGCGAAUACAACUUACAAAUAUUAAUGGAAGCCGACGUCUCGGAUGCUAAAACAUCAACAAUCUAUUAUCGCUCAUCAAGCGAACUAGCUUAAAAAGGUUAAGACAAUCAGGGGCAACAUACAGCUGCCUCCACCACACAGUUUCCUAUCUUGAGUGUGACUCGUCUGCACGACGUCACCAAUGCGACCAUGGGAAAUAGCAGUAAAUAGGCUGCCACCAACAGCCCCCUUGAACCCGAGGAGAUUCCUUGGAGAACCUUGCAACGCCCCCGUGCACCUCAGGAGAAGCCCACCAGUGAGACGCCAGUGGGGGAGAAGAGACAGGCCUGUGCUGCACGCUUCCCCGGUCCAGGAUGAGAACUUCCAUCAUCUGCUUUUCUCACAGCAUCACCAACAGGUUCCUUUAGAUGAGUCCCGCCAGUACAGCCACACCAGCACAGCACCACGCAUGCUUCACCCUGCUGCUCACCUGCCACAGCAGAGCCCCAUCAUGGUUGAUUUACAUGACCAGAUGCACCAGGGAUCUGUUCCAAUAUCAUAUACUGUUACAACGGUGACAACCCAUGGGUUUCCCAUCCACACCGGGCAGCCCCUUCCAGGGUGCAACACUCAGCAGCUCCCAGCAUGCUCGGUAAUGUUCAGCGGACAGCUCUCUCUGCUCUGCUGCCUUCCUCCUCCUCUUAUACAGGCAUGUACCAUGCAGCAUAUACCUGUGUCUUAUCAAGCCUUUCCGCCCCUGCUCUCCAGCGAACAUUUUGUAUUACACCCAACCCCAUCUGCACCUCCUCACCAGCCACCGCACCUUACUCCUUUGAGCCAGUUUGUCCCUUUACAGCCACAGCACCCGCGCAUGCCUCUGCAGAGGGUUGAGAAUGAAGUUGACCUAAGAGGGGACCAGCACUCCGUCGGCACAUUCUCAUAUCCUCCCUCUCACCAUCCACCAGCGCUGCCUCCUUCACUGCCCCUACAGUAUCUUCCUCAAGAGCCUCUACAUCAGGAGCUUCCCUUUGGAGUGCCAUAUCCUCAUGUGCUGCCACGGCGAGUAAAUGGACAGAGAUAUCGACUGCAGCAACCUCUCCCCGCUCCUCCUCCCCCUCCGUCUUACUACCCAGGCUUCCUCCCUUACUUCCUGUCAAUGCUUCCCGUGCCUCCAACGGCUGUGGGCCCGGCCAUCAGCCUCGACCUGGAUGUGGAUGACGUGGAGAUGGAGAACUAUGAAGCGUUGUUGAAUUUGGCUGAACGGUUGGGUGAAGCGAAACCUCGAGGUCUCACAAAAGCAGAUAUAGAGCAACUUCCGUCCUACAGAUUCAACUCAGAAAAUCACCUUUCUGAACAAACGCUGUGUGUUGUGUGCUUUAGUGACUUUGAGUGUAGGCAGCUACUUCGGGUAUUACCUUGUAACCACGAAUUCCACGCCAAGUGUGUGGAUAAAUGGUUAAAGACCAAUCGCACUUGUCCUAUCUGCCGAGCCGAUGCGUCGGACGUACACCGGGAGGUGGAGUGAGAACAGUCUUGAGUUUUGAACUGGAUUGCCAGACACAUUAAAGCCUGUCUCGAAAGCGGGGAACACCUGCCACCUAACCUGUGUCCUCCAGUAAAUAUCGCUUAACAACCCACUGUCCCUAAACAGCAAGCAAUCCAGGACCGUCACUGGAGUGUGUUGUACCUCUGCUGUGCUUCAUUGUCCAAGUCUCAUGAAACCCACUGCCUACUGCAGCCUAUGGCUAGAGUUCUGGGAUUAUACCAGCCAGUUCUUUCUCUGCCCCCUUGUUGCAGAUUCCAAAGAUUUUCCCUACAAUGCAUCGUUUGCUGCUUUUGUUUACAGGGUUUCAUUUGUAUUCAGUGGAUUUGCUUGUGGCAUUUAUGAAAAAAGUGGGAGUCCUGCUUUGGAGGGGACCAGUCGGAAGCCCGCCGGAUGAUGGGCUGGACACUUUGUGCAAUUAGCAGAAAAAUAAUAGGAGUAUUUCGCUGUGGGUAUCUGUGUUUGGAGGCGCCGCCUAACCAUCAUAGAUGCAUGUUUGUGUAGGUGUUGGGCAAAGUGAUUUGUUAAUAAUAUAUGUUCUGCAAUAAUGUUUUGAACCGUUUUACCCCUUACUUGUUUCAACUUUGCCUUUUGCUAUUGUGAAAGUGUGACUCGCUGUGGUUCCAUGCAGAUUCUGCUGAGCCUGAGGUCAUGGACUGCAAGUGAUGGGACAUGCAGCUGCAGGGAAUCUUCUGACCCUGAUUAUCCAAAAGAGAGGGGGGGGCAGAUACCGAUCUGUACAGAAGCAGUGGUGUGUUAAUGGACUACAUCUUCUCUGAGGUUACCUGGCAUAACUGCACAAGCGCUGCGUCCGCCAUCCACGUUAGCGUUCUCCUGGCAAAUCUGUGCGCGUAUGUGCAUAUUUUGUGUGUGUGCGUGUGAGUGUUUGUCCUGUUCACAGAGCCAAUGCAUUGUGUAACCACUGGAUACAGGACAGCAUGCUAGGAUUUGCAUGAACUGUUGAUUCAGACUAGCAAUAUUUUAAUCAAGCAUUGC